AUGAAGGUUAUUGAAGGUCUCCAGUCAAUUUUUCUAACAGAUGCUUAUUACGAAAAUAAGAUAUUUAAAUUAAAUCUCUCACUAGAAGAAUUAUGAAAUUCAAAUUUGCUUGGAAAAUUAAUUAAUGAACCUUCAGAAGACUUCCAAGAAUGGCUAUUGAGCUUAGAACUUACCCAUACCAUGCAAAUUCCAGAUAAUUUAGCAGGCAUCAAAAGCUACCCUAUAAUGAGGAAGUUUUAUUAUAGAAAAUCUACCAGACUGAUUAAAAUGAGAUUCAGAACAAAAUUGUUUAAAGCUUCUAAGUAG